AUGGCAAUUGCAGCAGGCAGCGGGCACCAAGCCAGGGUGGCGCGAGACUUGCGCCCUCAGAGGGAGACGCGCGGUGGCCUGACCAAGGAAGUUCUGCAGGAUGCAGGAGACGCGGAAGCUGAAGAACAUGAGGAUCUCCCGCCCAUGAGCCUUUCCCUGACCUCCCCCCAGUACGAAGCUUUCCGCAAGGAGUGCCUGACGCGCCGGCCCUAUGACCCUGCAGACCGCAGGCUGGGCACGGCCCUGGACUCCCUCGACCCCUGGAGCCGCACCCACUACAUCCACGACCCUGCCCUCAAGCCCAAGUUCUGGCGGAGAGCGGAGCAAUACAAGAAGGGUCACAUCAUCGGGUCCUACGUCUGCCUCGCAAACCGCCGCGUCCCGGCCGGCAAGAACAAGCUGAAGAGCAUGGCCAAGGUGGACAAGGUCAUCGUGGCCUUGGACCGCCACCACUGGCGCAUGCAGAACAAGCAGCAGAUGGAUCGGUGCCUUGCCUGGAUUGAGGAGCUCAAUGUGCUGGAGGAGAUCAUUGGCGCCGCAGCGGACGACUCUGACUCGUCCAUCAACGUCAAGGAGCUCGCCGACUUCUACAAGGCGUACAAGGCCAUCGCCAAGGCCGCCGACGACACCACCCAGUCGCAGCCCGCCGUUGUGCAGAACGCGACGGCUGCCAUUAACCCCCAGGCCGCGGCCCAAGAAACCGCAGCCUCUGACGGUGAGGGGCAGGAGGCGAACACCCAGGACAACACCGCCCCGGACAACGCCUCCCCAGACCUGUCAGGCGCGGGCGCGGACCCCGCAGAUGACGCCGCCGAGGACCAGACUGCGGGCCUCAACGACUCGCCCACCGGCCCCCGGCAGCGCUCAACCUCUCCCGUCCUUCCUAACCCCGCGCAGAACCUGGCCGCAGACACGGCCCCUGCGCAGGCAUCCCUUUCCCCGGCUGCACAGGCUCUGGCCCACGAGGCCUCUGUGCAGCUACAGGACAACCAGACCCCCGACCUGCACGCCCCUGCACCAGGCGCGCAGCCCGUCCUCGUUACGCAGACCCCGGCCACACCAGCCCCUGCGCAGAACCAGGACCAGCCAGUGGUCACCACGACGCCGCCGGCACAGGCCCGCACCACUUCCGUGCAGCCUGCUUCCCAGGCCCUUGCGAAUCAGCCCCCUAACCAGGCUGAUCCCGCAGAGCCUCGGGCCAUCCUUCCGCCGCGCCGGCCGGGACCUGACACCCGCAUGCGGCCGCAAGACACGGCAGCCACCACGGAGCUGCCCAAGAGGAAGAAGAAGAACCGCCCCGACCCAGGACCUGACACCCUGAGAGGGCCCUGGCAGCCGGCACCCGCGGUUCCCUCGCCACUUUGCGAGGCUUUUCCGCAGCCUGCGCCUACACCAUUGCGCAGGGAGCGCAAGCGGGACCAGGCUCAGCCGCCGCACGCGCCCCAGAAGCAGUCCCCUCCGCCGGUCACCGCCGCGGAGGCGAUGAACGAGCGCCGGAAGCGCAAGAACGCGCGCCGCCACCAGCGCCUCACCACCGAGGACGCAAGGGGAUCCCUCCCCCGCAAGAAGUCGAAGAGCGGACAUUCUGUCCGGACUCCGCCAGGACCUGACCCGGCUGCGCAAGCAGCCAGAGAAGGGCGGACAGGACGUCCGCCAGACCCUGAAGAAGCUGCGGCGACCUGGACCUGCGAAGACUACCGAGCUGGCCGCCAUGGACCCCGACGAGGGCCCUGUCGCCCGCCUGCCGCCGGCGCCCGCGGCCCCAGAGAAGUCCGCCAGCGACGGCAACGGCAGUGA